AGGUUAUCAUACUGAGCAAGGGUAAAAUAAGGCUUAUCUCCUGUGGGAUGCAUUCCUAAAGCAUGAAACCACAAUAUACAUGUGUCCACGCCCUAACCAGACACUUCCACAAUGCCUCCUCGCAUACUCGCCUACUCCGCUACGGCCGGAUUCAGACACGACAGCAUCGAGGCUUCCAUUGAGGCUCUCAAAGCCAAGGAAACUGCCCUCGACGUAAAGUUUGACUUCACGGAGGACAAGUCAAAGUUCACAGAUGAGAACUUAUCUCAAUAUGAUGCCAUCUUAUUCUUGAACAACUCCGGCAUUGUCCUUGAUGAUACAGGGAAGGCCGCUCUACAGAACUAUUUCAAUCUCGGCGGCAACUUCCUUGCUAUUCACUGCGCCGCAGACGCCCUUCGUGAUUCUCCUUUCUUCGGGAGACAGAUUGGUGCCUAUUUCGACUACCACCCUGAGAUCCAGGAUUCAGCUGUGGAUGUCUUGGACAAGACGCACCCUAGUACCGUCAUGCUACCAGAUAAAUGGCGCUUGUUGGACGAGAUGUACAACUUUGAGUCGGACCCUCGUGCCGUCGGGGCCAAGGUCCUUCUGACAGCCGACGAGUCAACCUACCAAGAUCCUCAGGCGAAAGGGAAGACUUUGCGCCAUGGAUCUCCCCACCCAAUUGCUUGGUAUCAGGAACGAGGUGCCGGCGUUGAAAGCUACGGCAUUGCUGGUCGCAGCUGGUUCACUGGGCUCGGUCAUUGUAUCGAAAUAUGGAGCGAUGACCUCUUCUUGGGUCACGUCAUGGGCGGUAUCAAGUGGGUGCUGCAAUCGAAGACCACGAAAGCAUUUAACGCCAACGGCAAUGUCGGUAAUGCGUCCUGAGACCUAAGCAAGAGCAGUGUAUCGAUUAGCGAUGAAAUGUAUACAGCGUGGGAAAUGACAUGUAAAUGCAGAGCGAGAGGAGUGAUUAAGAGGGUGGAAUGGAAUAUGCGUGUUCCCGUUAGAGGGAUAAUCAUUGAGGUCUGCACUCUGGCUCGCCUCCCAUGUUGUUAUCGUCAUAGUCGUCACCGUCUUCGUCCUC